GUUUUUUUGUCUCGUUAACAUAAGACAUUAGAGUAGAGUGGAUAGUGGAUGAAUAUAUUUUUUUUUUUAUCUGGGUUUUUGGUCAAUGGUCUUCUUCUCUCAUCCACACCUAGACUCAGCAAACACUAAAAAUCACAUAAUCAACAAGAGCUUAAUGAUUGCAAUCCCAAACGCGAAACAGUCUCUCUUCCUUCAUUGCUUCUCUGUCAAAAUCUGGCUGUCCCAUAAUCGACCAUGGCUUCCUCCGUCCAGUGCCCGCCACACAAUCAAGUCUUCAUCAAUUUUCGUGGGGAAGAGCUGCGGAAGGCUUUCGUUAGCCACCUGGAGAGGGCCUUGAUAAUAGAUGGAAUCAACGUCUUCAUCGACGAAAACGCAACCAGUGGUGAAGAUAUCACCACCCUCUUUGACAGAAUUGAGGAGUCGAAGGUCGCGCUCGCCAUCUUCUCAAGCCAGUAUACGGAGUCAAAGUGGUGCUUGGACGAGCUGGAGAAGAUCAAGCAGUGCGUUGACUCCGGCAAACUUGUGGCCAUCCCCAUCUUCUACAAGGUGAAGACAGACGAUGUGAAAAAUCUCAAGGGUCUGUUCGGUGACAGGUUUUGGGAAUUGGCUAAAAGCUAUCAAGGCCAGAAGAUCGACAAGUGGAGAGACGCUUUAGCGGCGGUUCCACGAAAGUUCGGCAUCACUUUAACCGAGACGAGCAAAGAAAGCGAAUCCAUCGCUCAGAUUGUAGGGCAGGUGAGGAACGUGCUAAGUGGCAUCUCGACGUAUCAGGAAAGAGAGAUGAUCUCCAUUGACGAUCCUGGUGAAGCUGCUUCAGACUCGGUGGCUCUUCCUUUGUUUGGCAUAGAAACACGUCUUAAGCAACUGCAAGAGAGGUUGAAUUCUGACGUCGCCCGUACUCGUACUAUUGGUAUUGUUGGGAUGCCUGGUAUUGGUAAGACCACCUUGACGGAGAUGCUGUAUGAAAAGUGUCAAGUCAAGUUCUUGCGCAAAGCUUUUCUUCCAGAUGUCCGUGAUUUGUGUAAAAGCGGCAUGAUGGAUGGGAGCAUUCUUACGAGAGAGUUGUUGAGGGAUGAAGAAGAUGUGAUCCAAGGAGUCCCUUACAUGCCGCCUGAAUCCUUGAAAGCGCUCCUACUCCGCAAGAAGUCUCUUGUUAUUCUUGACAACGUGAGCCACAGGAAACAGAUUGAGGUUCUUCUUGGCAAACGCGACUGGAUUAAGGAAGGUAGCUUCAUCAUUAUCACGACGAGUGACAGGUCGGUGAUCGAAGGGAAGGUUGAUGACAUAUAUGAGGUUCUGAGAUUGAGUGGCAGAGACAGCUUGCAGUGCUUCAACCAUUUUGCAUUCACCGAUGGUAAUCCAGUGGGAAAUUUCAUGAAUCUUUCUAAAGAGUUUGCGGACUAUGCCAAAGGCAACCCAUUAGCUCUCAAGAUGUUGGGUAGGGAGCUUAAAGGAAAAGGCGAGACUCAGUGGAGAGAGACACUUCGGAAGCUGGCACAAAGUCCCAAUAAGAUGAUACAAAGUGUCUUGCAGAUAAGCUAUGAUGAACUAAGUGCGAAUCAGAAAGAUGUGUUUCUCGACGUUGCGUGUUUCUUUAGAUCAAGGGAUGAGUAUUACGUGAGGUGUUUAGUGGAGUCUGGUGACACUGAGCGCAUCGAUGCUGUGAGUGAAAUAAAGGAUCUUGCCAGUAAAUUCUUGAUUAACAUUUCUGGUGGACGAGUGGAGAUGCAUGAUUUGCUCUAUACAUUUGGCAAGGAACUUGGUUCACAAGGCUCGCGUAGGCUGUUGAACCAUAAAGGGUUUGUUGAUGCUCUGAGAAAAGCAGCGGGAGCAGCAGGCAGUGUGAGAGGUAUUUUUCUCGACAUGUCUGAACUGAAGAAGGAAUUUCCUUUGGACAGAUGUGCCUUCAAUAAGAUGCGUAAUCUUAGGUACCUCAAAUUCUAUAGUUCUCGUUGUCAUCGGGAAUGCGAAGCUGACUGCAAGCUAAACUUACCUGAUGGGCUUGAGUUUCCAUUGGAUGAGAUACGGUAUCUUCACUGGUUGAAAUUCCCUUUGAAGAACCUUCCAGACUUCAAUCCCAAGAAUCUUACCGACCUUAACCUGCCUUACAGCGAGAUUGAAGAAGUCUGGGAUGGUGUUAAGGAUACACCGAAGCUAAAGUGGGUUGAUCUUAGCUACUCAACCAAGUUAUGCAAUCUGUCAGGGUUGCUAAAUGCUGAAAGUCUCCAAAGAUUGAACCUUGAAGGCUGCACGAGUUUGCAGGAGUUGCCGAAAGACAUGAAACGCAUGAAAAGUCUUAUUUUCCUCAACAUGAGAGGAUGCACGAGUCUCCGGGUUCUCCCACGUAUGAAUCUGAUCUCUGUGAAAACUCUCAUCCUCACCAACUGCUCAAGCCUUCAGAAAUUCCGGGUGAUUUCGGAUAAUCUAGAAAUUCUACACUUAGAUGGAACUGCAAUUGAUCAACUUCCUAGGAACAUGGUGAAGCUUCAGCGACUGAUUGUAUUGAACUUGAAAGACUGCAAAAUGUUGGGGGCGGUUCCAGAAUGCCUGGGGAAGCUGAUAGCUCUGCAAGAACUGGUGCUAUCCGGUUGCUCAAUGCUCAAGACUUUUCCAAUUCCCAUUGAAAACAUGAAAUGCUUGCAGAUUUUAUUGCUUGAUGGGACAGCAAUUACAGACAUGCCGAAGAUAUUGCAGUUCAAUAGCUUACAGGUGGAAGAUCCAUGCGAAUUAAGACGUGGUAUGAACGGCUUAUCCUCACUGCGACGUCUAUGCUUAAGCGAUAACGCUAUGAUCAGCAACCUGCAAAUCGACAUCAGUCAACUAUAUCAUCUGAAAUGGCUUGACCUGAAGCUCUGCGAGAAUCUCACAUCAAUUCCAUUGCUUCCGCCAAAUCUAGAGAUGUUAGACGCACAUGGCUGUGAGAAAUUAAAAACAGUCGCUUCCCCCAUGGCCCUUCUUAAGCUUAUGGAGCAGGUUCACUCUAAAUUCAUUUUCACCAACUGCAACAAUCUAGAACAGGCUGCAAAGAACAGCAUCACAUCGUAUGCUCAAAGGAAAAGCCAGCUAGAUGCAGGCAGAUGCUAUAUAGAGGGCAAUGUUUCAGAAGCUUUGCUCAUCACUUCCUUUCCAGGGAGCGAAGUACCUUCAUGGUUCAGCCAUCGCACAAUUGGACCCACGUUAAAGCUGAAGUUUCCACCACAUUGGUGUGACAACAGGCUUUCAACAAUAGCUCUGUGCGCGGUCGUCACAUUCCCUGAAACUCAAGAUGAGAUCAAACGAUUCUCAAUAGAGUGCACUUGUGAGUUCAAAAACGAAAUUGGGACAUGUAUACGUUUCAGCUGCAUUCUUGGUGGAGGUUGGCUCGAACCACGCAAGAUUGAUUCGGACCAUGUGUUUAUCGGUUACACCAGUUGCUCACAGAUAACAAAUCACGUAGAAGAACAUCAUAAAUGUGUUCCUACGGAGGCUUCAAUCGAAUUCCAAGUGAGAGAUGGAGCAGGUGAGAUUGUGAAUUGUGGUUUAAGUCUGGUGUACGAGGAACCAAACCAUGUCGUUAUUGAAGGGAACCGUAUUGGAACUUCUUUCAAGAAGAGAUUUGUCGGUUGCAGAGAGUAUGGUGAGCUGUGCUGAAGGGUUUCCGUUGUUUUAAGGUAUCUGUUGCUAGGUGUUGUAUUCUUUUUGGUUUAUGGGUUUGCUAGAUCUUUUCGCUAAAUAAAAGUUGUAUGUUCUUGGUCAUCAUUGAUUAAUUUAUGUUUUGUAUAUGACUUGACUGGAAAAUAAUAUUGUUAAAUUUGUGACUUGACUGGAAAAUAAUAUUGAUCUUGGUCAGCAACCGGGGUUGAG